ACACGGCUUUUUACCCAGAAGGAGGGCAGUGGCCAGUGCCUCAGGGUGGAUGUGUCUAAGGCAAGCGAGAGAACCCAUUUCCUUUCAGACCUAAGUGUUGCAUCUCCCCUAUCGCCCCUCAGUCUUAAAACAAACUUCCCAAGAAGUCUGGAAACACGUCAGCCUCGCACAUCACCUAAAUCACUGGUUCCUGCCUAGGAGCAGCUGAUACAGAGUCAGGAAAGUUGGGCCCCUCUGGACUGUCUCUAGUGGAGGAAACCACUGAAAGAAGUGUAAUGCUACUUUUCAAACCCCCAUCCUAUGAAUGAAGCGUGGAGAGGGGUUCGGCUGUUUGAGCAGACAUUACUAAUGCUUCCCUGUACCUUCAGGGGAAUUCUGUAUUUAAUUCAUGGUCUUUCUGGCACGCAGUUCGUGGAGCAAAGACAUUACAAGUGUGUAACCCCUUACCACUGGGGUACAGGAAGCAGAAACUGCUGAAGAGUGAUUAUGACCACUAUUGUUAAUAACUGUUUCCUGGCAACCACUGCUUGGACUUUCUGGAGAUUUGGAUACUCUGCCAGACUACUGAAAACUAAUCAUUUUAGGACAGCUGCAUCAAAUACAUCAUUUCCAGCAGCUCGGAUGCUGUUGGCACAAUAUUCUGGCAGAAUACCUGGGCUCUUUGUUGGAGUAAGAAAGACCAGUUUUUUUACAAUGCCUGAAACCGUGGAGGAUAAAACUAACCUGGGACUGUACUCGCCAGACCCUGCAGUGCGUGGCAUGACAGUCCUCGACAGAGAAGCUUUUAAAAGGACAAUCGUUGUUCCAGUUCUUAAAGUCAAGAAAGAAACUGUAAAUGCUUUGCUCAAGUCCCUAAAACACGUGGUACUGCAGCGUCCUGGCCUAAAGCGAGUGGUUGAGGAUGCGGAAGGUGAGGACAGUAGACUUGUUCUUUUGGAUCCUCAUAAAGUACCUGAAUUCUCACUGGGAGAAUGUGAGCAAGAGGUAUUAAAGCAGCUUAACGUUCAUCCUGAGGUGUCCAAGUAUAACUUGGAGCUGACUUACGAGAACUUCAAGUCAGAGGAGAUCCUGCGAGCGGUCCUUCCAGAAGGUCAAGAAGUCACCUCUGGGUUUAGCCGUGUCGGUCACAUAGCUCAUCUCAAUCUUCGAGAUCAUCAGCUACCAUACAGGCAUUUGAUUGGCCAGGUUAUAAUUGACAAGAAUCCAGGGAUCACCUGUGCAGUGAAUAAAACCAGUAUUAUUGACAGCACAUACAGGAAUUUUGAAAUGGAAGUGCUUGCUGGAGAGAGCAACCUGGUAACCAAGGUCAAAGAAAAUAACCUCGAGUAUGAACUGGACUUUUCCAAAGUCUACUGGAACCCGCGUCUCUCCACCGAGCACGGCCGCAUCGUCGAGCUCCUGCAGCCCGGGGACAUCCUCUGCGACGUCUUCGCCGGGAUCGGACCUUUCGCUAUCCCAGCAGCCAAGAAAAAGUGCCACGUGUUCGCCAACGAUCUCAACCCCGAGUCCUACAGCUGGCUCCUGCGCAACUGCAGGCUGAACAGAGUAGACAACAGAAUCAAGGCCUUCAACAUGGACGGCAGGGACUUCCUUCUGGGGCCGGUGAGAGAAGAACUAAGCAAAGUGCUCCUUCAGAAGGAAGAAAAAACCUCUUUCCAUAUAGUUAUGAACUUGCCAGCUUUGGCUCUUGAAUUCCUGGAUGCUUUCAGGCACCUCGUAGCCGGAGAGCCAUGCAGCAUGGCCGCCCUGCCCACAGUGCACUGCUACGGUUUCUCCAAACAUGAGGACCCUGCCAAAGAUAUUCAGGAACGAGCUGAAGCUUCACUGGGAACCUCCUUGGAGGGUCGCUGCACCACCUACCUGGUCAGAAACGUAGCACCAAACAAGGAGAUGCUGUGCAUUAGUUUCCAGGUCCCGGCAGACGUGCUGUGCAAGAGGCCCUGCCCUGAUGAAGCAAAACCAUCCUCCAAACGCCUGUGUACCAGCAAAGAUUUUCCUGAAGAAAAGUUCCUGAGUUGAAGAUGAGUUGCAGCAGCUACCUCAGUCGUUUGGGUGAGGUGCAACACGUUACCUCUGCUUUACCUCUGAGUUAUUUGAAGCCCGCCUGCAUCACCUCUCUCCAGUGUGGAGAUACGUGUGGCAGCUUUGCUACCUUUUGUUUUGCACUGUGGGCUCAUGAAGCAGAUUGAAGUUGUCAUUGCUACCAAAAGGAAAAAAAGAAAGUAAUAAAACUUU